ACGCCAUUAUCACAUCUUUUCUAUGCUUGGUAAUCUAAGAAUAUAAACAAUACAAACAAUAGGAUUUCCGUAAACAGGUAAACUCUUUGUGUUGCGUUAAUCUUAUCUUCUUUCAGAUAUUGUUCAUGGAAUCAUUGCCUAUCAAUAUUCAUUAUUGAUUGGCAAAAGUGAUUUUGUGCUGUAGCACUCUGUGAAAAAUAUUUAGCCGCGCAAAAUUGGGGUUUUCCCGAAAAGUUUAUUUAUAAACUCGCAGAAAUUUCAACGUAACAAGUAGUUGCUCUUCGUGAUAUUUGUUGGAAACGAUGGCUUCAUCGAACGGGGUUGGGGUGGACACUAUAGGAGUUGAGAUCAUUGAAAAAACUUUCGAACAACCCAUUGAUACUGGUGAUGCAGGUGUUAUCAAUGAGAAUGGAAAUAACGAUCAGGGAGAUGCUUUUGGGACCACACAGCCCACUUAUGGCGAGAUAUAUGCCCGAAUGCCUGUGGAAAGAGAUGCCAUAUUUUACAAUAUGAAUCAUAAAAAGAGAGGACUGGCCCUGAUAUUCAAUCACGAAAAUUUUGAUGUUGCUGGUUUGAAACCGAGGGCAGGAACCGGGGAAGACUGUAAUAAUUUGAAAAAAUGCUUAACCAAUUUGAAUUUCGAUGUGCAGGUGUUCAAAGACGUAAAGUACCAUGCUAUCGAAGAACAUAUUGCACAAGCAUCAAAAAUGGACCACUCAGAACAUGACUGCAUCGUUGUUUCAAUCUUAUCUCAUGGGGAACAAGGAAUCAUUUAUGCGAAAGAUACCCAUUACAAACCAGAUAUUUUGUGGUCUUAUUUUACUCCAGAUAAGUGCCCUACUCUUGCUGGAAAGCCUAAACUGUUCUUCAUUCAGGCUUGCCAGGGAGAUAAGCUGGAUCCUGGAGUGAAGAUGUUCACAAGAACUGAAACGGAUGGUGAUGUUGUUGCCUCUUAUAGAAUUCCCCUACAAGCAGAUUUCCUCGUUAUGUAUUCCACUGUUAAAGGUUUCUAUUCUUGGCGCAACACAACGAGAGGCUCUUGGUUCAUUCAAGCCUUAACGAGGGAAUUAGAGGCUCGCGCUUAUGAAUGUGAUCUCCUGACAAUCUUAACAUUUGUCAAUCAACGUGUAGCCAUAGACUUCGAGAGUAACGUUCCUGAUACCCCAGUGAUGCACCGCCAAAAACAAGUUCCUUGUAUUAUGAGUAUGCUUCUUAGAUUGGUUCAGUUCAAGAAGAAGUAAACCAGUGAUGUGCAGUCCCUAAAUUUUAGGUUAGGUUAAAGCUCAAAUUGAUCACAGAUAUCUACUUAAUUCCGUUUGGAAUUUUAUUGACUGCCCUCUGAAAUAACUGCCAUUAUUUUUGGGGAUUUGACUUUCUGACCCCAGAUCUCUGUACAAAGGGACAAUUUUUAAAUGGAUCUGAAUCACCUACUUAAGAUUUUUUCCAAUAUUUGCUUGUAUGAAUCUACAUACGUAUUUUAGUAUGUUGAUUUUGUGAUGAUCAUUCAGGUUUUUUAAUCGAUAUGCUCUCUCAUAUUCAUCACCCUCUUCGAUUAACCUAAAGACAAUUUUUUGAUCGAGUAUUGUGAUAAACUGUAAUAAAUAAGAAAUUUUUGUAAAUUGUGGAUCGGUGGUGGUUUUAUGUUUGAUUUUUUACGUUUCUUGUUGUGGAUUUUUCACAUACAUUUUUGCAAUAUUUUAGUGAUGAAUAUAAUAGGAAUUUUUGGAUAUAGUUGAAUGUUACUGUCCAAUUUAUGUAUUUGUAUCUUAUUCAUAGGUGAAUUUUGUAUUCCUUUAUAUUUCUUAAGUCAAUUUGUAGUUUAAUAUAGUCUAAUUAUUGAUGAUGUGAUUGCUGAACCUAUCUGAAUGUCAUUUAGGUAUUGGAGUAGCCAUGAAAUGUCUUUCCAAGAAGUGUCUUAAAAUAAUUAUAUAUUUUUAUCUCAUGGGAAUAUUCUCAUACCUUAACUAUAUCUUGCUCAUAUUAUCGAAUGUAUUUUAUCUGAAUAUAUGCAAAUAAAUUUUGAAUCUUA